AUGAACAACAACGGAUUCAAAAACAAUAAGUCGAAGUUCAUAAUAAAUACUUCAGUUGAAUACUUUGCGGCUAGUGCGAGCGCUGGUCAAGCUGCUGACGAGCAUCUGACGGCCAUCGACGAGUUUCUCGAGAACGAUGAACUUACCGUCAUUGCAGCGGUGCAUAACAAAUCAGAUGGCAGGAUAAAAUUUCAUCAUCGCAUACCUGAUGACGAGUUAUGCUUACUAUUUUAUAAGAUCCCACAAGUCAGCGGUGGCAGCUCUGGUGGAAGUGAAUCCACGAACAUUUUAUCUGCUUGCAGUGGAGCAUACGACCAACCACUUGGCAUAUUAACACUGGAGGGCGGAUUGGUCAAGUCGAUUUACAAUUCCGUUUCGCGUGUAUUCUCACCGCAUGCCGAAACCAGGAACACUGACUACAGUUCAGAAUUGAGCGGUUUACUUGAAAGUUUACACGUGUCUUUGGGUUCAACUUUAGGUUUGCCGCAAAAUGGUAUAACAUCAGUAAAAGACGAAAUUAAAUACUGGAAGCAAAGAUUUAACAAAAAGUCCAGUUCUCGUAUCGAUCGUGAGAUGUCACAAGUGUUUAUUUGUGUAUUGGAAAAUAUUGACAAACAAUUGAGCUCAAUGAACUACCGCAACACUGCCACCAGCAUCGAAGAGUUUUUAGACAGUUCACACAAUAGCCUCGAUGAGCUAUGGCGAUUGCCUUACCAAUAUCCCCAGGAGCGCAUGGCCGAUCUAUUGAAUAGCAUUGGUAAUGGAUUGCUUGAAGAAUGCAUCAAACAACUUCAAACGGAGGAUAUAUGGAGCCUUAGUUCUCAUCACGUGAACGCGUUGAUGAGCCUAUGCAUUGACACCACCGAGUCUUGGAUACAACUGUGUGACUCGCUAACGCGUCUUUUCUGGCCAAAUUACGCACAGCAUCCGUGGAUAGGUGUGCCGCACGUUCCCAAACGUAGUCAACAAUUUAAAGAACGUCUGUUAGAGAUUAAGAAUAUUAGAAAUCUCUACAAACAAAUUGCUACAUUAUUGAACGAUGAGGAAAUGAAGUGUAUGCUCUAUGAGAGUUCGCCAUUUAAAGAUAUUAAUAUCUUUGAUACAACUACUCUGGGUCAGACCAAAUGGAAUACAGCUUUGCAAUGCUUUGAGCAAAUUCUGCAACCCAUCGAUGAACGCCUCGCCUCCGCGCUCAAAGCUCUACUUCAUAAUCACCUUAGAAAUCCUAGGCAGGUCAUAUUUAUUUUUUCAAAAUAUGAGACACUCAUUCAGAGGACAGCUGGACUUGAGUUGUUGACAAUCGAGCGUGAACAAUUUCUACAGUCUUUGCUGAUUCUGCUGCAAGAUUUACGCAAGGCCUUGUCCGAUACAAAUAUGGAACCAGAAACCGGUCAUCUAUCUGUAAUUUGUAAUGAGUGUCGUUGGCUGAAAGUCGUGCAACAUCAGAUCCAAGAAAUCGAGAAAGUGAGUCAUUUAAUUAGCGGUCGCGAUGGCUAUGACAAAAUCAACAAAGCCGUACGAGAAAUAAAAGAGGAGACUGAGUCCCUGCUACGUGCUAACUUCGAAAUUUGGUGUGGUCAGUGCUCAACAUCCGUCAAGAGUGGAGAUUUAAAAUUGCGUGAAGAUCAGCCAGUGGUCAGGUUUGAGAAGGAAGGUCGCCAACUAAUGCGAGUCACAUUCAAUCCCAAGCUGGUAACUUUUUGUCAGGAUGUCCGUGAGUUUGAGAACCUUGGCUACAAUGUCCCUACUGAUUUGCGCUCAUCAUCCACGCAUGCUGCAAAAUUUAUAAGCUAUGCACGCCGCUUGCAACAGAUUGCAACUUUCCACAACACUAUUGGUGAUCGUAUGAUACCGUGUCAAAGGCCCAUCAUGCUAAAGAAUGCGGUUGAACUGUCGAACAUGGUGCAAAGCCAGACGGUCGCUUGGAAUGAUGAGGAGUCAGUGCAACGUUAUGUGAAUAUGCUACAAAAAUCUGUGUCCAAGCUCUCUGCAGACAAUACCCUUCUAGUAGGAUACCACGAGCAAGCCAAAAGAACGGUAAUUAGACUCAUGAACACCGACUUGUUUACGAAAACUCAAGCCUGGAAAGAUGAAAUGCGCCAUCUACGUGACUUAGUCGCCACAAUAGAGCGUCAGAGUUUUACAAACUUAGACGCUUUUAAGUUACAUUGGGAUCAUCAGCUCUACAAGGUGUUGGAAUAUCAGUAUAUCAUUGGUCUAGUAGAUAUGAGAAAUAAGCUGCCGGAUAUACACAUAGAUAUUACGUUUAGGCGACGUCAACUUUGUUUCCGCCCUUCCGAAGAGGAGAUACGCGAAAAAUAUUUUAUCCAGCUUCGUCGCUUUAUUGAACGCCCCAGUAGCUUUCGAGGGCUCUCUGACAAUAGCACCGAGUUUUUUAAGUUAAUGGUCGAAAUGAAUCGUCAUCAUUUCGGUCCCCUUUUUGAACACGCCGAGGAACUAUUUCGAAAGCUUGAACAAUUCAAGAAGAUAUGGCUUCCUUGGGUUGCCUUGGGUUGUGUUGACAUCGAAGAACUAUGCAGUAUACACCUUAGCAAAGCAUCGGAUUGGGAUUGUGAAUUCAGGGCUUGCAAGAAUUUCAGCCAGAAAAUCGCUACAAUUCAAAAUUGCGAAGAGUCAAUUGAGUGCAUUAUAAUUAACACUUCGCCCUUACGUUCAGAGAUAGAAUUGAUUAGCCAACGUUAUUGGGAGUCUUUGACCAACAACUUACGCUCCGCUAUUGUGAAUGAUGUUACCACCAUCCAAGAAUUCUUGCAGAACUCACUGCAGUUUUUAAAUAAUGUACCAAUGGGCGACACAUCCCUCACAGAAUCGGGAAUGAAGUACGAAAAAAUGAUGUCGGAGUUACCGAAGGUAUCAGGGACUCUGGAAGUGGUCAAAGAAAAAGACAGCUGCCUCGCCGGCUGGUGCAAAGAGCGUGUAACAGCUCUGGCAAAUAUUCUUAUUCAAUGGGAACGACUAAAACCCUUAAUCGAAAACCAUGCGGUUAUACUCCAACGUCAAGUUGAUAUGAUUAAAGACCAAGCCCACUCGCAGAUGCACAAUUUACAAAAUGAAGCCGAAAAGUUUUUACUCCGUUGGGAAUCGACCAUUAAUGAGCUGGAGAGCAAUGAAAAUUCCACAUUGGCACUCUUCAAGGAACGUCAAGAGCAUUGGCAACAGAUAAAAUCAAAGAAAAUGCAACUGCUUGAAGAAUUCUCCAAGUUCAAUAUGUCACUUUCCCCCGAAGUGCUCGCUUUCUUCAGCAAAGUUGAAGAUAAAGUCCAGGCGCAAUUGAAAGAAUGGGAAAUCUACGAUAACUAUCUGUGUGAACUAAAUGCCAUUACCGGCGAAGAAUGGGCCGUUUAUCGGCGCCGCCCAUAUGUUCUUAAUGAGUUUAUCAACAAGUGGGAGAGCUCUGUUCACGCAUCUAUCGAUCUGCCUUCAAAGCGUAUAAGACAGAGCGUAGAACAGUUACAGAGCGUUAUGCCUAUUCUACAACAAUUGCAAUCUGAUUCUUUGACGGAACGGCAUUGGGCUUGCAUUUUUAUGUUGUUAAACAAAACAGAGAUCAAGCUCAUUCACAAUUUAUAUUUGCGUGACAUAUUGGACGACUAUAACGCACUGCAACAGACAUCUGUGGAAAUAGCAAAUCUGGUGAAAAAAGCAGCCUCUGAGCAAAUAGUGCGGCAAGCUUUGACCGAAUUGGAUCAGUGGUCUGUUUUGGCUGUCCUAAAACUUACCAGCCAAAAAGAUUCCGCGGGCAACGAGUUAUCGCUUAUCAAGGACUAUCAGGAAGUGUUGAAUAAAAUUGGCGAUAACCAGUAUUUACUACAGUCGGCUAAAAAUUCGGCAGCAUUCGAAGCUUUCUCAGAUCAAGUCGAAUUGUGGGAGAGUCGAUUAAAUACUUUAGACUUACUACUUACUAGUCUGAGUCAGUCGCAAAGGCGAUGGGUAUACCUGGAACCUGUCUUUGGCGCUGGUACUCUGCGAAAGGAAGAAUCGUUAUUUCGGCGCACUGACAAGGACUUCCGCUUUGUGAUGCGUGAAAUUCAAGCUGACCCCCGUGUGAUUUCACUUAUCAAAAUUAACAAUAUAUCAGCCAUAGUUAGUUCACUGGAAAAGCAACUUUCGCGUUGUCAAAACAAUCUGAUGACCUACAUUAUGGAUAAACGAAAUUCUUUCCCACGCUUCUAUUUUCUUGGAGACGACGAUUUGUUGGAGAUACUGGGACAAGCAACAAAAGAUGUUGAAGUUAUACAAAAACACAUCAAAAAGCUCUUUCCUGGCUGUCACAGUCUGGGCAUAGUUAAAUCGUCGAGUGAAGAACCAACUGCGCACACCAUACAAUCGGUACAGAGCGCUGAAGGAGAUGUUCUGCAGUUGCGACAAAUUGUGCUUAUGAAAGGACCUAUAGAGGAUUGGCUCAAUCACUUAGUUAGCUCCAUACAGAGUACACUUAAGGAUGCGAUAUUUGAAUGCUGCUCAGCCACAGGCGCAGACAAAUUUUCCGAGUCGACGCUACGACAAUACCCCAUCCAAGUGUUGAGCACCACCCGUGGCAUUCAAUUCACCACACAAACAGAGAAGGCCAUACAGUCCAUGUCACUGCAAAAGCUGCAUCAGGCGUUGAACACAGAAAUAACACACUUCUCCAAUAUGAAAAACCAAACAAACGACACACUGCUGCAGAUUAAGCUGCGCACUCUGUUAUUUGAUUUGGUGCACUAUGCGUCGGUAGUGGAGGAGUUGCAGCAGCACAAUGUGAUGCACGUUACCGAUUGGCAUUGGUUGUGUCAGUUAAAGUUCUAUUUGGCCGGCGCUGAUGGGCGUUUAGUUUUCGUGCGUAUGGUUUACGCUGAGUUCGAAUAUUCCUAUGAGUUUCUCGGCAAUCCCAACAAGCUGGUGCAUACAAAGUUGACGCAUAAAUGUUAUCUCAUCCUCACCCAAGCAAUGCAUAUGGGAUUGGGUGGAAAUCCAUUUGGACCGGCUGGAACUGGAAAAACGGAGUGUGUGAAAGCGUUAGGGGGAAUGCUGGGCCGUUUAGUGUUGGUUUUCAACUGUGAUGAGAAUGUAGACACUGAGUCGAUGAGCUUAAUUUUAACUGGACUGGCGCGCUGCGGCGCUUGGGGUUGCUUUGAUGAAUUCAAUCGACUACAUGAAGCGACCCUGUCGGCUAUUUCUAUGCUAAUACAGCCAAUACAGGCGGCUCUAAAGGAUAAAUCGGAUGAGGUGCAAAUUGGUGAGCAAAAUGUAAGAAGCUUUGAAGUUCUAUAA